GGAGGAGAGGGAAGCGCCAGAGACGUUCUACACGGAAGAUUGUCCACUUGUUGCCAUCUUCUGUAACCGAGCAACGCGACGCUGUUGUUGUUUAACAUAACAUAUCAGCUUUGGAUUUAAACGACCGAGUACCAAAUCAAACACUAACACCCCUGGUGUGAAUUUAUGUUAAUUUGGGGUGAAAUGUGGAACGUUACAAAAAAAGGCUUCAAUAAUAACUUUCAGGUAGCCGACGGUACCGCGCAGGGAAUUGUGGGAAAUAGGUAAAUAAAAUGCCGUGACCGGCUUUCAUCGCCUAAUUGUAGCUUUUAUUUCACUUUACAUGAAUUAAAAGUGUAAAUCAACAGUAAAUGUAAAAUAUAAUUAUGAAUUAGGUCAAAAAUACAAUUUAAUCAGAGUUUUAUUUCACGCAUGCGCAACUCAACCCAGGAAGCAAUCGUCGCGCGCUGUUUGGUGAAGAUGUUGCUACAGUUCAGGCUGCUAAGGCUACAGAAACAAAUAGAUAGAUAGAUACAUUGUUCGUCUCCAAGAGAAAUUCACGGUGCGGUGUUGUGUUAUCCCGGUGUGAUGGUAUUACCCUGGUUAUAUGAGAUCGUUAUUUAACGGUCAACCUGACAGAUAUCGGUCAUGGCUCACUGGAGUACCUUCGAGAAGGAGACGGAGAGGGAAACCAAGAAGCUGAUCAGGUGUGUUUGUGGUCUGGCGGAGGAUGAAGAUGAGGAGGAGCCCAAUUUCCAGUUGGCACUCAAAUUUGCUUGGUCCAACUUCAGGUUCCAUCGUUUCCUGGAUGUGGACAGUCACAAAGUGCAGCGUAGCAUCAGUGGAAUCUAUGAGAAGCUCAUGGUCCACUCGGAAGUGAGUAAAGCUGACAGCUGGAUGAGACUCACUGAGGAGUUCCUCAACUCACCUUUAUCAAAUACCAAUGGUACAAAGACUGAUAUCCACUACAGCAUACUGUCACUGCUGCUAUGCUUAUCAGGCUCACCCUCCAACACCAACUUUACGGAAAGACCCCGCAUGAAGGAGGCUGAGCCAGAGGACAACUUUGACUGGCCGACAUAUCUGAUGGAGGGAGAGGACAUUGACCGCGGCCCGUUCCCAGAUACGCCUGAAUGGUCUGAGGAGGAGAGUGAGGACGAAAACGGCCAUCAGCCGAUCAGCAGGGAGGACUCCGGGAUUCAGUUGGACAAAACCCCCCAGGAGGACAAAGACAACGCAAGCAAGACCGUCCCAGUCACAUGGACAGUGGGCGAACCCGAUGCCCGUGCCUGGCUCGAGCGGCAUGUGGUGACCCCCUACUGGGUGGCGAACGGCCCUCGAUUCGCCCACAGCCUCCAUUUGCACUCCAACCUGCUCAAUGUCUGGGACCAGCAUUUGUACAACACGGAUCCACUGUAUCUGCCUGAAGAAAAAGCCUUUCUCACAGAGACACAAGUUAUCAGAGAAACACUGUGGCUUCUGUCUGGGGUUAAAAAACACUUUAUAUUCCAGCACCAUGAUGGAAAAGUGUCAGUCAGGAAUAACGUGGUGGUAACUCAUCUGACCAGUAACUGUCUGCGCUCCGUGCUGGAGCACAUUGCUGUGUACGGCCAGGCGGUGUCCCGGCUGCAGAGGUUCAUCGACGAGGUGACGGGGCACAGCCCGGAUGUCGGUCCGGCCGGGGCCGGUUCUGCCCACCCCUCCAAGAGGGGCUCGGAGCCUCCAUUUAGGACCUACCAGGCCUUUGUGUGGGCCCUCAACAAGUUCUUCACCAGCUUCAAGGAGGAGCUGACAACCAUUGAGAGAGGACUCGUCUGCAAAGACGAAACUGUGACGCUGACGGCUGUUCUGGAGCGCCUCAAUCCUCACCUCGCUCAAAUCAAAGUGCUCCACAAAGUCUUUUGCACCGGGAUCGCCGAGGUCCCCUCCGAAACCCCCAACGUGGUGCGGGCGUCCCACUUGCUCAACACGCUGUACAAAGCCAUCAUCGAGUACGACAGCAUCGGAGAAGCUUCCGAGCAAACGGUGGCGUUACUCUUUUCACUGUGGACUGAGACCGUCAGACCAUAUUUGGAGAUAGUGGACGAAUGGAUUGUCCACGGCCAUCUGUUUGACCCCGCCAAGGAGUUCAUUAUUCAAAGGAACAAAGACGUGCCGGUGAACCACAGGGACUUCUGGUACGCCACCUACACGCUCUACAGCAUAUCGGAGACGGUGGAGAGCGAGAUGAACGACGCGGCCAGCGGCAGCUCCGGGGGCGAUGCCGCUGGCACCGGCAACAGGCAGCUCACCAUGGUGUCCUUCCUCAAGCCCGUCCUCAAGCAGAUCAUCAUGGCCGGGAAGUCCAUGCAGCUGCUCAAAAAUCUGCACUGUAGGGACCGCCAACAAUCUGAGGGGUCCUCCAGAGACGCGGAACGGAAGAGUUUAUACACCCUGUUCCUGGAGUCGGUGCAGUCGCGGCUGUGCAGCCAAGACACCUCCCCCGCCGGCACGGUGACGGAACAACAGGCCACCAGGAGAAGCUUGAUCAAGAUGCAGUCCAUCAUCGCGCAGCAUCUGCAGAUGGAUGACCUCCACGACCCGCUGCUGGCUAUCAACUUUGCCAGGCUCUACUUGGAGCAGAGUGACUUCCACGAGCGCUUCUCCAAGGACGACUUCACUGUGGAUCGUUCAUCCCAGGCGGUCACCUGCCAGACGUUCGAGCUCACCUUGCGCUCCUGCCUUUACCCUCACAUCCAGAAGCGCUACAUCGAGUGCUGCGGGAGCCUCAUGAAAACGCUCAAGAAGGACUACAAGCUGCUGGAGUACCUCCAAGCCAUGAGGAACUACUUCCUGCUGGAGGCCGGAGACACCAUGUAUGACUUCUACACAGCCAUCUUUGACAAGGUGCAGGAGAAGGAGAGCUGGCAGCAGCCGUCCUUCCUCAACGUGCAGCUGCAGGAGGCCGUGGGACAACGCUGCCCGGAGGACAGUAGCAGAUUGUCAGUGUUCUUGGAGGCCAUGGACCCGGCCCGGAAAAAACAUCCUGUCAAUAAUCUGGAAGUGCUGACCCUCAGUUACAAGGUUCCUUGGCCUGUCGACAUCGUGAUCAGCUCAGAGUGCCAGAAGAUUUACAAUCAGGUGUUCCUGCUCCUGCUGCAGAUCAAAUGGGCCAAGUACAGUCUGGACACUCUUCGAUUCAGCGAUUUUAUGGAUUGCACUAAGAAACUGGAGGGGGCGCCGGCUGACGGCGUGAAGGCCAAGGAGCCGGUGAAGCAGCAGAUUCAUCGCAUGUGCUUACUGAGGGUCAAACUCAUGCACUUUGUCAACAGCCUUCACAACUACAUCAUGACCAGGAUCCUGCACAGUACCGGCCUGGAGUUCCAGCACCAAGUGCAGGAAGCCAAGGACCUGGACCAGCUGAUCAAGAUCCAUUACAGAUAUUUGGCAACCAUUCACGACCGCUGCUUACUGAGGGAGAAGGUCAGCUUUGUCAAGGAAGCCAUCAUGAAGGUGCUCAAUCUGGUCCUCAUCUUCUCUGACCGAUGGCAAGCCGGAUUUGGAGCCUGGAAGAUUGAAUCCAUUGACAAAAUGGAGUCUGAUUUCAAAAACUGCCACAUGUUCCUGGUGACCAUCCUCAAUAAGGCUGUGUGUCGAGGCUCCUUCCCUCACCUGGAGUCCCUCGCCCUCUCGCUGAUGGCAGGCUUUGAGCAGUGCUGACUGGCAUCGGCUUAAACGCCAGCUGACUUGUUUCCAUGCUGUGGUCCCCAAAGCUCUAUGAGUCAGCUGAUUGGAUAUAUUCAUUCAUUGAGGAUGAAUGAGUAUAGUGAGGAUAAUUCUCGCGGGGGGGCUGGAGCCUAUCCCAGCUGUCUUCAGGCGAGAAUGGUGGCCAGCCAAAUCGCAGGGCACAUAUAGACAAACAACCAUUCACACUCACAUUCAUACCUAUGGACAAUUUGGAGUGGCCAAUUAACCUAGCAUGUUUUUGGAAUGUGGGAGGAAACCGGAGUACCCGGAGAAAACCCACGCAUGCACUGGGAGAACAUGCAAACUCCACAUAGAGAUGGCCGAGGGUGGAAUUGAACUCGGCUCUCCUAGCUGUGAGGCCUGUGUGCUAACCACUCGUCCGCCGUGCAGCUGAUUGUAUAUAUAUUUGCUGUAAAUAUCUUUUUACUAGCUGUCAUGUUCACAAGCUUGAUUGAAGUCAUUAUUGGAAGGCGUGAGCAGUGUUUUCAUAUCAAUCGUUUCAAAGCCACAAAUAAAUACUGUACAUUUAUAACGCAUACAUUUAUGUAUUUUCUUUGUCCUUUUUUUUUUUUUUACUUAAUUUUGCAAAUUUGUCAUAACCAAUCAUACCAAUUCCAUAUUACAUAUUUUUGUAGCUCUUUAACAAAGAAAAUGAAUCAGAUUUUAAUUUGAAAUGUGUACAUUCAAGUCAUGGUGCAUUCAAUGCCAUCCCUUAUUUACUUUUGUUGAAUGUCUGAAACAUGUACAAUUUUCUCCAAAGUUAUUUUAACUUCAAAACAAUCAUUUUCCCACUCUGCAUGUAAUUGUUCUGUGCAAUAUUCAAUAUUUUCUGUAAAGAAUUCCACAGGUACAUAAAAACAAGCUGUGGGCCUUACGGCAUGGUUGCAUUUAUCAAGGGAUUUAGGCAUUUUGUUUCACCAAUAACAUUUUUGGUGUAUGUACUGAGGGAAUAUUAUCAAUAUAUGAAAACAAUCAUAACAGUUUUUAAUGUUUUUAACUAGAACUGGAAUACAAUCAAAAUGUAAAUAUAUAUGCAUUAAACGACAUUAUAGCCAUUUAUUGGUUUAUUUCAAAGGCAAAACUACAGCAUAGCUGUAGCCAAUGUAAAAAUAACGUUUCACUGUUCCACUCCGGUCCUGUAGGUGGCGGUAAUGCACAUUACUAAUAAGGUGGGCAUACUACACAUUUUGGUAUUCAAUCCCAAAUACUGUAAAUACAGGUAUAGUAUCGUCGAUAACGAUGCUUUUUCUUGGACAUUUUUCAAACUCAGAAGAUCGAUAUUUGGAUCGAUACGCCCACCUCGAAAA